CCUUGAUCCCAGAAUUACACAGAUCUUUUGAAGCUGUAAUUUGAUUGGUCAAUUUAAUAAGAUGGCCUCCAACUUUAGUGGUGCACUACAACUUACGGAUUUAAAUGAUUUUAUCACCCCUUCUCAGGAAUGUGUAAAGCCAGUGAAGAUAGACAGAAAACCAGGGAAAGUAGCGAAGAUAAGAAUUGAGGAUGAUGGUUCUUACAUGGAAGUGGCAGAGAGCGGUGAAGAGAAGAAGCUACAGAAGGCGCAGAUCACGCUGAAUGACUGUUUGGCGUGUAGUGGGUGUAUCACCUCGGCAGAGAGCGUCCUCAUCACUCAACAGAGUCAGGAGGAGCUGUACAAUGUCCUACAGGAAAACCUCAGGCUUCAACAGACAGGUGAAGUAGACAAAAAGAAAUUAGUAGUUGUCUCCAUUUCACCACAGUCCAGAGCCUCCUUAGCAACCAAAUACCAACUGUCACCACAAGAAGCUCACCAUAAACUAACAGGAUUUUUCAAAAAGCUAGGUGUACAUCAUGUGUUUGAUACAUCCUUCUCCAGGAACUUUAGCCUGUUGGAGAGUUGUCGGGAGUUUGUGCGCCGGUACUAUGAAUCAGAAACCAACAAGACGGCUCUUCCAAUGCUGGCCUCCUCAUGUCCUGGUUGGAUCUGUUAUGCAGAGAAGACCCAUGGAUCCUAUAUUCUCCCGUACAUAAGUUCCACCAAGUCCCCCCAACAGAUCAUGGGCUCCCUGGUCAAGGAUUACUUUGCUGCCAAGCAGGGCCAGACUCCAGAUCAGAUAUACCAUGUGACUGUGAUGCCCUGCUAUGAUAAAAAACUGGAGGCCUCACGUCAGGAUUUCUACAGCGACCUCUACCGGACGAGGGACGUGGACUGUGUCAUUACUACAGGGGAAGUAGAGAAAAUGUUGGAGAAAGAGAAUGUUACUUUAGGGCAAGUGGAAGGAAACACUGCCUAUUGUGUGCUGUCUGGAUUUGGGAGUCCAGAUGGAGGGUUGGGGAGUCACCUUGGAGGAGGAUCCGGAGGUUAUCUGGAACACGUCAUGAGGUACGCAGUGUCACAGAUUCAUGGAUCCUCAGUGGACAGCCUCCAGUACAAAACACUCAGAAAUCAGGAUUUCCAGGAGGUGACAGUGGAGAUUGAGGGAAAGAGGCCACUCAAAAUGGCUCUGGCUUAUGGCUUCAGGAAUAUCCAGAACAUCGUCCAGAAAAUAAAGAGAGGGAAAAUGACCUAUGACUUUGUGGAAAUCAUGGCCUGUCCCUCAGGCUGUGUGAAUGGGGGCGGUCAGAUUCGGCCCAUGGAGGGACAGACUAACAAUGAACUGCUACAGAGGGUGAAGGAAAGCUAUGACUCUGUCCCCUGUGUUCAGCCUGACUUGUGGCCUGGAGUGAAAGAUAUAUAUGAGGAAUGGCUCGGGGGCGUGGAUACAGAGAAAGCUAGAGCCAUGCUGCAUACUCAGUACCAUGGAGUAGAGAAGGUGGCCAGUGCUCUUAACAUACAGUGGUGAAAUAUGACUGAUUCAACAUACAGUGAUGAUACAGAUAUUUAAUACGACAUACAGUGAGGUUUCAUCCAUGAACAUAUAUGUAACAUAUAGUGGUUAUACAAUGAUAUGAUACGGAUGUGUUGAGUGGUAUUUCAUCAGCUGGACUGUGAUAACCUUGCUAAGUGUGACAUUUUAUCAUGCAAUCCAUAAAAUAAAUCAACUAGUCCCUUUUUCUGUUUUGUUGACUAUUUACUUUUUCUGUUAUGAAUAAUCUCAACAAUAAUCAAAUCACAAAUCUUUAUAGCAGUAAGUUUUUGGAGCAAUAAAAAAGGGAAAAUUU